AGUGCAACUUAUUCAUUUAUUUUCUAUAUGCAUCCUAGCUUAGCUCACAAAUCCUCCUGCUGUCGGAUUCGUUCACUUUGCAUUCUGAUCUGAUGCAAAACAGAGUCUGCAGAUUCACAUCUGCAACUUCGGUUCCUUCCACCAAUGGCUGGCGCCGCCUCGGCGCUUUUUCUUCUCGAUAUCAAAGGCCGUGUCUUGAUUUGGCGCGACUAUCGCGGCGACGUCUCCGCUCUUCAGGCCGAGCGCUUCUUCGCCAAGCUCAUGGAAAAAGAGGGUGAUCCACAGUCUCAGGAUCCAGUGGUCUAUGACAAUGGAGUGACUUACAUGUUUAUACAGCACAACAAUGUUUAUUUGAUGACUGCAUCUAGGCAGAAUUGUAAUGCUGCAAGCCUUCUUCUCUUUCUUCACCGUGUAGUUGAUGUGUUUACGCAUUAUUUUGAAGUGUUAGAAGAGGAAUCUUUGAGAGAUAACUUUGUGGUUGUGUAUGAGUUGCUUGAUGAAAUAAUGGACUUUGGUUUCCCUCAAUAUACUGAAGCAAGGAUUCUUAGUGAGUUCAUCAAGACUGAUGCUUUUAGGAUGGAAGUUGCGCAGCGACCUCCAAUGGCUGUAACCAAUGCUGUGUCCUGGAGAAGUGAAGGGAUACGGUACAAGAAGAAUGAAGUAUUUUUAGAUGUGGUGGAGAGUGUCAACAUACUGGUCAACAGCAAUGGGCAAAUAAUACGUUCAGAGGUUGUUGGGGCACUCAAAAUGAGAACAUAUUUGAGUGGCAUGCCUGAAUGUAAACUGGGCCUGAACGACAGAGUACUUCUAGAGGCUCAAGGUCGAGCAACAAAAGGGAAAGCUAUUGAUCUGGAUGAUAUCAAGUUUCACCAGUGUGUGCGUUUGGCUAGAUUUGAAAAUGAUCGGACAAUAUCCUUCAUACCGCCAGAUGGAUCUUUUGAUUUGAUGACAUAUAGACUUAGUACUCAGGCGAAACCUCUUGUUUGGGUGGAAGCUCAAAUUGAAAGGCAUUCUAGAAGUCGAGUUGAAAUAACGGUUAAAGCUCGAAGUCAAUUUAAGGAGCGAAGCACUGCAACUAAUGUUGAAAUUGAAUUACCUGUGCCGUCUGAUGCCACAAAUCCUAAUAUCCGGACAUCAAUGGGUUCUGCUUCAUAUGCCCCUGAAAAUGAUGCUUUGGUCUGGAAAAUCAAAUCUUUUCCUGGUAACAAGGAGUAUUUGUUGAGGGCAGAAUUUAGACUUCCUAGUAUAAAAGCUGAAGAAGCAGCUCCCGAGAGAAAAGCGCCCAUCAGUGUGAAGUUUGAGAUACCAUAUUUUACUGUCUCUGGAAUUCAGGUUCGGUAUCUAAAGAUCAUCGAGAAGAGUGGAUACCAGGCUCUACCAUGGGUCAGAUACAUAACAAUUGCUGGUGAAUAUGAAUUAAGGAUAAUGUAAAGCUCCAUCGAUUAUAUUGCCUUUCCAGUCGCGGUAAAUACACAGGAGCUGGUUGUAUACAAAUAAUGGUGAUUCCCAUGUGGAGUUUUCUCCUAAAUUUUGUCCUCUUUGAAGGGUUCCUUUGUUUUGUUUUUGUCUUGCAUUUUGAUGCAACUACUGCUGUCUAUUCAUUUUUUGUGGGAAUUAAAUUAUGCAUUUUUUUCCUGCGUCAAAAGAAAAAAAAAAAAAUAUAUAUAUAUAUACAUUUUUCAUGUGAUUCUGCUUAUAAGUGUUAUGCUUGUUCUCCCUUUACAAAAUUAAUAGAGCAACUCCAAGAA